UUGCGUCUACAAUGGGUGCCACUCGGCUGUCAGGGGAACGUGAAUGCUUCGUGUUUGCCAUUCUAUUGUUGGAUUAGCCCCAAGUGUGCAGUGGUUUCUAAGCUGGCAGGUUAGUGUCACUCCAUCCGAGCAUUGGACGUUUGCAACCCGUACGAGUGCAUCCUGCCGCCAUGGUUUUGAAGUUUUGUCCAAAUUUGAACUUCCUCUUCACGGAAGGCGGUGUGGGCUUAGCUGAAAGGUAUCUUCUGGCGCAUAGAGCUGGCUUCCGAGGCGUCGAGGGGCCAUGUCCCAGCGCGGCGACUGUCGAUUCGGUGUUGAAAGCGAAAAGUGAGACUGGUUUGGAGCAAGUUCUUCUAAAUUUGUACACGGAGGGAGCUACAGGUGCAGAGCAGGUGUGUGCAGCGCAUCCAACGGGGAUAGAACAAUUCCGAAAGAAUUUCGAAUACACCGUGAAAGUGGCGAAGAGCUUGAAAUGUCGCAAGAUCCAUGUGAUGGCCGGUAUCCACUUCGGGGAUGACCGCCAGAAGCAAACCGAAGUUUACCUGAGCAAUUUGAAAUAUGCCGCGAAACUGCUUGAGGCUGAAAGUAUCGUUGGCGUUAUCGAGCCGAUUAAUAAAUACGCGGUUCCCGGAUACUUUUUGAACAGUUUCACCGAAGCUGUGAGGCUCUUGGAUGCAGUGAACAGCCCGAAUCUGAAGCUGAUGAUUGAUGUUUACCAUCUACAACAUAUUCAGGGGAAUGUGACGAAUACGUUGCACGACCUGAAGCAUUACAUUGGACAUUUUCAAAUUGCGCAAGUGCCCAACCGACACGAACCCAACGUUCGAGGGGAGCUGGACUAUAGACAUAUUUUCCAGGAAAUAGAAAAUGUCGGUUACUCAGACUGGGUAGGUUGCGAAUACAAACCGAAAAGCGAUACGGUGAGUGGGCUGGGUUGGAUCAAGGAGUAUGGUUAUAGCUUGUAAUGAUUGUGUGCACAGUAUAGUAAAUUACAUUCAAUAAAAAUAUUUUUUUACUAUUCA